CAGCCAAGCUCCAGAUGCACACGUUUGAGUAGCCUCGCUCUCCCUAUGGACUCAACAGAAGUAUCCCAAGAUGGCGUUGCUCACCGGGAACGCGGAUCCGGAGUUCAGCUCCUACUCCUUCAAUAACUUGGAAAACCUGUGUGAAGUGCAAACCAAGAAAGGAUUCUUCUACAAGAAGGCCAAGCUUCUGCGCCCUGGGGAAGACCUGUGCUGCUUAGCCCGCCUGGAUGACCGGACCAGGUUUGUGAUCAUCAACGUCGGCGGUAUUAAAUACAAAGUUCCAUGGACCACCUUGGAGAACUGCCCCUUGACCAGGCUUGGGAAGCUGAGAUCGUGCAGCAAUUACGACGAGAUCAUGAACGUCUGCGACGACUACGACGUUAGCUGCAACGAAUUUUUCUUUGACCGUAACCCUAGUGCCUUCAGGACCAUCAUGACUUUCCUGACAGCCGGGAAGCUGAGGCUUCUCAGGGAGAUGUGCGCUCUUUCUUUUCAGGAGGAGCUUGUGUACUGGGGGAUAGAAGAGGACCACCUGGAGAGGUGCUGCAAAAAAAGGUUGCGGCAGAGGGAGGAGGAGGCAGCUGAGGCCAAGCUGUACGAAGGGGAGAUGGUGUUUAGUGAACCCACGCAAUGUGCCUUCCAGGACAGAAGCCGACUAAGUCUGUGCAUGCGAAAGCUCAGGGAUAUGGUGGAAAACCCCCACUCGGGGAUCCCGGGAAAGAUCUUUGCUUGCAUUUCCAUCUCUUUUGUGGCCAUCACCGCAGUCAGCCUCUGCAUCAGCACCAUGCCAGACGUCAGAGAAGAGGAAGACCGG